AUGGUGUCCCGCUCUGACGAUUUCCGUCACCUGACAGACGAAAGCUCAGCAAGGAAUCAUCGGGUUCGCAUAGCGGUGUGCCGAGGACUUCUUUGCACAAAUUUACAAUCACAGUUCCAAGGCAAUCCCCCUACAGCUGCUGUUGAGACCCUUCCACUUACCUCUUCAAACGAAAUGCAAAGUACUCCAACAUCAAAGUCUUCCGAUGACCGUUUCAUUACGCCUGUAACUGCAGGACUACACUUGCUCCGCAGAAGCAAUGCGUCUACCGCAUGGCCGAAUUUCACAUUAACUCCAUUUAUCCGAAUUGUGCCCGCAAAGCAUUCUUUUUAUUGUUCUUCUUACGUUGGCUAUGUCGCAUCUCUUUCUCUCAACCCCACUUCAUAUGGCCCCUCCACUUAUUUACACAAUUCUGUGCUCUCGUUUCCUCCAAUGUCGCCUAAGAGUGUGUCGCUACAAGUAGGUUUCGUGAAGCGUAAUCUUCACCACCAUCCGAUACCAGAUGCCUUUUGUAAGGCUCCUAACCUAAAUUCUGCCCCCCUUUUUUUCCUACCCGCUUGUCAAUUGGCCGCUGACAAACAUCAAAAUCACUGUCUGGCUGCCUAA